GUCUCGGGAGGCGGGGCUGGGGCUGGAACCCGGGGGUCCCUUGGAUCUUUGUGGGUUUAGCUACUCCUGGCGCGCAGGCCUGACCUGGGCACCGUGCCCCGAGCCCGUGACACAGUGGGGAGUGUCCCUUCGUCUGCCCGCCUGCGAGGGGCUGAGGAGGCCUGGAGCUGGGCGCAGAGUUGCGGGGCCGGUCGUUUCCCUGUGAGGCUCUCCCCAGAAUCCCUGCUGCCUCCGGGCAGUGGAGGAGCGGGCACCGAGGUCGCAGGUGUGGCUGGGGCCGUUUUUCCUGGUGCUCUGCGUGAGAGCUGGGUUCCAGAGCCUGGUCCCUAGGAGGAGAGCGGCGGAGCGGAGCCCGUGGGCGGAGGCCGGGCGCGUGAGGGGUCUGGGAGUGGGAGCGGGAGAAGAGCAUCGCCCCCGCAGCCAUGCUGCGCGCCGCUGGGAAGUGGACCCGGGUUUGACGGCCCUGCUCUGGGCGCUGCGGGUUGGCUGGGCGUCGCUGCCGGAGUGGGAAUGCCUGGUGUCACCCAGCUUGCUCCCCGCUCCCUGAACCCCGGGAGGACCGCAGGGACCCGGCCGGAGGACAGAGAUUUGGACCUAGUGAAAGGACAUCGUCCCUUAGCACCAGCUAUGGACUCCACAGCAUCAGUUCUCCCUUCUCAGGACCCUGUUCUUCCUCCAGAGAGAUGCCCAGGAGAAAAGGGAACAGCCAGCUUAUCCCUGAAAGCCAGGCCCCAGGACCUGAUGACAUUUGAGGAUGUGGCUGUGGAACUCACCCCGUGGGAGUGGGGGCAGCUGGACCCUACUCAGAAGGACGUGUACCGGGAAGUGAUGCUAGAGAAUUUCAAGAACCUGGCCUCCCUGGGGUUUCCAAUGUCCAAACCGUAUGUGAUCUGCCGGUUGGAGGAAGGGGAAGAGCCCUGUAUUUUGGAGAGAGAAAUCUCAACAGGUGCCCCCGCAGACCACUGGCAAGAACUUAGACAUAGGACUAUGGCUGAUGGCAAGGGAGGCUGGAAAUGGAAGUUUUUGUCCUGGGCAGCAAUGGGGCCAACGAAAAUUGGGGGAUUCUAUUACUAAGGAAGAAGAGGAGGAUGGAUAUUGACAAAUGACCAGGAAUCUGUGCCUGAAGACCCCAAUACUUCAAAGUCAUUUGGGAAUGAGAUCAUAUCCACGAUCCUCUCUGGGUCUCAGUCUUCUCCUCUGUAAGAUGAAGGGCUUUGCACUUGUGGAAAUAAAUGAAGACUACCCAAAUGAGAAGAAACAGGCUGUUUAUUCAGAGCUUGCCAUAGCAAGGGAUCAGCCACUAUCACCUGCACCUGGCAGAGACCCAAAGGCAUGAAAGGAUUAAGAAAGCUUUACGAUGAGAAGAAAAAAAGUGAAAGCUUCAGGUAUGCCCUGACUGGAAGUUGUUGGCAUGGGAAAACUGGAGGGGGGCUAAGUCGGAGCAGGAUAUCUUAUGUGAUUGGUUUGGGCAGCAUAUUUGGUUUUCUAUGGUUGGUUCUAAGUUGGAAGUGAGGGCAAAGAAUAGGGGGGAAGUAGUCAUUUGGCUGUUCUGAGCUGAUUGCUGCAGAGGCUGUGGUUUGGCUUCCAGGCUGGUUGCUGCAAAGGUGUGGGACAGAGUUCUAUUGUCAUAUAAGGUGUAUCCAUUGUCCACUGGUAUAUUUAGUCCCUCAGUUCUCCCUUUUGGUCACUUUCUUGCUUGAGAGAGGUUGACCAAUUCAGAGAUGCUAGAGAGCCAGAUCUUUACGGAGGACUGUUUGGUUGUCUCCAUAGUAAACUUAUCAUGAGAUCUUUUUGUUGUAGCAUCAUGGCAAUCAGAUCUGAUGAGAGAGAAGCUGUGCAGAAGCAUUGAGCCAAGUAGUGUUUUCUUUAAGGUGAUGUACUGCCUGUUCUACCAUGCCUGUUUCAUUGAGCCAACUAUAGCAAUAGCAUAGAUGCCCCCAUGAUCAGUCAGUAAGAAGUUUAGUGCAAAGCAAUCGCCCAUAACUACUUGAGCCAAUGAGCUGAGACAAAGCUACAGAUCUUCAGUCUAGGGAAGAGGUGAUGUCAUAACUGGUGGCAGUUAGUGAGUGAUAGGUCUCUUAUAGUCUUUCUGUCUCCCACCAUUGGAAAUACUGCUCUGAUUGUUCACAUAAACAAUGAGUCAGUAAUUCCCCAAGGCAGAGUGCAUGAAUAAUUAAGGGUGGCCGCAUUUUGGAGCUCUUGCCUGGGUUGGAAUUUCCAGCACUGGUGAUGUAUAAAGUUAGGAUUUCUAUAUACAGACAGUUUUGGGAUGCUAUUCCUAAAGUGCAUGAAUUUUUAGUCUGAGGAAAACGAGACCUGUUGACCUGGUUACAAAGGAAGUAGAAUCCAGUAAGGGCACAUAGAGAUCCAGGAAAAAAGUUGUUCAUGACAUGAGAUUGGAGCCAAAGCCACCCUUAGGCGGCUUUGCUAUAUAUUUAGCUCUGCUAUAUACUUGGAUCCCUUUACUGUCUUCCAGCUGAUAAGUAACUGGCCUACUACCCUAAUGAAGGUUGUUGAAUUCAAAUUCAGAAUUACCUGGAUUCUGAUCAACAGAUUGUGAUAACUGGCUCUUUUUCUGGGAAAGUGGGACACUAGCAAAGUCACAGGUUGCUUUGUUUAAGGUCAUUUGUCCCUGUAGGUGCUAAUGGAAAAACCACUGGCUUUAAUUCUCUAUAGUCUCAUUUGGUGAGACCAGAACCGUUCAUAUAUAUUUAUCAUGAUGGUCUGCCAAUGGAUGGC